UUUUCACAACUAUUUAUUUUACUGGAAUUGAAUUUGCUCGAAUAAAUACUUUGCGCCUUGUAAUCUGGUAAAGGUCUGUACAAAUCUGAUGGAAGAGUACGCGGUACGCGACGUAUCUUCCCUUGAGUGUGCAAGAUUACAUGUCAUUUAAUAUUAUCCGUUACUUUUACAUAUUUUAAUGGAAGCUAGCCAUAACAUAUAAUUUCGUUGCAGGCAUACAGCUGCCUACCGGCUACAGUGCUGGCGUCUUGUGUGGAAAGCGUAUGGUCCCGUGGUGGUACGUCAUCAUCGCCGUCCCACACGCAGUUGUCCCGCGCUCUAUGGUUAUGGUGCGGGGCGCUCGGAGCGCGCGUGUGGUUACCUCUGCUGCCGCGCGACGCGACCAGACACCCUGACACGUCCCGACACACGUUCAUGGCUAAGCGGAUCAUGUUGCCGUUCCACUUGGACAUAUAUCCUUUGACAAUAUUAUUCGACGAUGCGAUCCUUCUGGGCGCAGAAAACGACACUACCCUGUAUGCUUCCGACUCGAAUUCGGUAUUUUCGCUACCGUUUUGCGUCGUUAAUAGAACUAGUCAAGUGUACCUGCAUCAAAUCUUGCGGCAACUAUUACGCCGCAACUUGGGAUACCACGCGUGGGAAAUAGCACGGUCAUGCGCUCAGUUGCCAUACUUCCCUCACUCGUUGGAGCUGCUACUUCACGAGGUCUUAGAGGAAGAGGCUACGAGCAAGGAGCCAAUACCUGAUGCUCAGCUGCCCAGCGUCAUCGAGUUCGUACACGAGUUCCCCGUGUAUCUACAGACCGUAGUUCAAUGUGCGAGGAAGACCGAAAUAGCUCUGUGGGCUUACCUGUUUUCCGCGGCUGGCAAACCUAAGGAGCUAUUUCAAGAAUGCCUUCAAAGAAAAAUGCUUGACACCGCUGCCUCAUAUCUCAUCAUACUACAGAAUCUAGAGAGUUCGGCAGUGAGCCGUCAGCUGGCGACGCAACUUCUGGACACAGCGCUACAGCUGGAGCGCUGGGACCUCGCCCGGGACCUGGUACGAUUCCUCAGAGCUAUAGGUAUGAUUAUACAUACAAAUACAAAUUUUUGGAUUUUUAUUUAUUUAUUCAAGUUUCAACAGCAGUCUUGUUAUUUUAAUACGAGAAAUAAAUAGGUGUAGGUGUAUCAGAAUCUGAUGGCACCCCAAGUAGCACAAAAAGCUGAAUAA